ACUCGUAGCGGUACACAGCAUCAUCAGGAUGAGUCACAGCGUAGUCGCCACAGCGCUGGUGGUAGUCGUCUGUUUCCUGCAACCAUCAUUAACCAGCCGUCCAUACGGUGGUAGCCAUGGUGGCAAGGUUGGUGGAGUCGGAGGGUUUGGAGGAGUCAAUCCGGCUCUUGGUCUAAAUGUGAGAGGCCUGUCCUUCGGUAAAGGAUUCUUCAACCAACAGAAUUUCCCAAACUUUGUGUCUGGCUUCAACCAGAUGUACAUCAGCCAUCCUGGUAAUGGCUACGGAGGCUGCAAGAACUGGUGCUUCAGCAUGUAUCAGAACCAGUACUAUUGCUGUUCAACACCCUUAGGAGGUGUCGGAGUGGGUGGCAUUGUAGGCAGCGGCGUCGGUGUCGGGGGAGUCGGGGGCUUUGGAGGAGGCAAGCCAGUUCUUGGACUGAGUGUGGCCGGUCUGCCUUUCGGUGAAGGAUUCUUCACCCACCAGAACUUCCCUAACUUCGUUCCCGGCUUCAACCAGAUGUACAUCAGCCAUCCUGGUAAUGGCUACGAAGGCUGCAAGAACUGGUGCCUCAGCAGGUAUCAGAACCAGUACUAUUGCUGUUCAACCCCACAUAACUUGGGCUUAGGAGGUGUCGGAGUCGGUGGUGGUGGCUUUGUAGGUGGUCACGGAGGCUCUGGUGUCGGUAUUGGCCAUAAAGGAGGCAAACCAGUUCAUGGACUGAAUGUGGCCGGCUUGUCUUUUGGUCAAGGAGUCUUCACCCAACAGAACUUCCCUAACUUCGUGCGCGGCUUCAACCAGAUGUACACCAGCCAUCCUGGUAGUGGCUACGGAGGCUGCAGGAACUGGUGUCGCAGCUAUUUUCAAAGCCAGUAUUAUUGCUGCUCCUCCCAGGUGAGCUAUGGCUCACGCUACCCUGGUUAAACCAAGACAAGCAAAGAAUCAUCAACGUAAGAGAGCCACAGAUCAGUGGGAAAAAGCAUGACAACACAAUGUUUUGCGUUUACAACACUUCCUUGUUUGAUAUUUAUUAUUGUAUUAAAUAUAUGAAAAUAAACUGUUAACUUCAA